CCCUUGUCGGUGGGCCAUGGAGACGGUGGCGCCGUAGUGUCUGGUGCGGGACUUGCCGGGGCGGCGGCCAUGGAGGCCGUCCUGAACGAUCUGGUGUCUGUGGACGACCUGCGGAAAUUUGAAAAGAAAUUUCGAUCUGAGGCGGCAGCAGGGUCAGUGUCCAAGGGCACCCAGUUCGAGUACGCCUGGUGCCUGGUUCGAAGCAAGUAUAACGAUGACAUCCGGAAAGGCAUUGAGCUGCUCGAGGAGCUGCUGCCCAAAGGAAGCAAGGAGGAGCAGCGGGAUUACGUCUUCUACCUGGCUGUGGGGAACUACCGGCUCAAGGAAUAUGAAAAGGCCCUAAGGUAUGUGCGUGGGCUGCUGCAGACGGAGCCCCAGAACAACCAGGCCAAGGAACUGGAGCAGCUCAUUGACAAGGCCAUGAAGAAAGAUGGACUGGUGGGCAUGGCCAUCGUUGGCGGCAUGGCCUUGGGUGUGGCAGGACUAGCUGGCCUCAUCGGACUGGCUGUAUCCAAGUCCAAAUCCUGAGCACACCGGAACCGCUUCUGCGCAGGGCACGCCACCUGGCCUGCACUCACGGGAGUUGAAGCAGCCUACCGAGGGGCCGGCUCAGCAAGAAGGACGCUCAAAGCCAGCCCCCUCCUGUCCCUUCUCUGCUCUCCUUGGUCUACUGUGGUCUUCAGCCUCCUCGCCCCUCAGACCUGUCUCCUGGCCCCAGAUCAUGUGCUUUGGGAUGUGUGUAAAUAAAAUUGGUCUUUGGCUUGGGAA